CCGCACCUUCGGCUCCGAGGCUUUGCUUUUAACUCCCCGGCGAUACUAGGUUUGGAGGGUUUCCGGCCGAUGACCAUUAGAUGGAACACCCGGAAGGCGGAAGUCCUAGAGCGGAAGUGGCAGAGAGGAACGGAGAAUGGCGGCGGAAGGCUGGUUUUGGCGCUGGGGCUGGGGCUGGAGGUACCCGGGGAAGCCUGGGCUUCCCGGCCCCGGCCCCGGCCCCACGACACCCCUAUUUCUUCUCUUGUUCCUGGGGCGGGUGGCUGCGGAUAUAACUGACGGCAACAGUGAACAUCUCAAGCGAGAACAUUCGCUUAUCAAGCCUUACCAAGGAGUCGGUUCCAGCUCCAUGCCUCUUUGGGAUUUCCAAGGCAGCACUAUACUUACGAGCCAGUAUGUGCGUCUGACCCCUGACGAACGCAGCAAAGAGGGCUCUAUCUGGAACCAUCAGCCUUGCUUCCUCAAGGACUGGGAGAUGCACGUCCACUUCAGAGUCCAUGGUGCAGGGAAGAAGAAUCUCCAUGGAGAUGGCAUUGCCUUAUGGUAUACCCGGGACCGCCUCGUGCCAGGGCCUGUGUUUGGAAGUAAAGACAACUUCCAUGGCUUAGCCAUCUUUCUGGACACAUACCCCAAUGAUGAGAGCACGGAGCGUGUGUUCCCAUACAUCUCGGUGAUGGUGAACAAUGGCUCCCUGUCCUACGACCACAGCAAGGAUGGCCGCUGGACCGAGCUGGCAGGCUGCACGGCCGACUUCCGCAACCGCGAUCACGACACCUUCCUAGCUGUGCGCUACUCCCGGGGCCGCCUGACGGUGAUGACUGACUUGGAGGACAAGAACGAGUGGAAGAAUUGCAUCGACAUCACGGGAGUGCGCCUGCCCACUGGCUACUACUUCGGGGCCUCGGCUGGCACCGGUGACCUGUCUGACAAUCAUGACAUCAUCUCCCUGAAGCUGUUCCAGCUGAUGGUAGAGCACACGCCUGAUGAGGAGAACAUCGACUGGACCAAGAUUGAGCCCAGCGUCAGUCUCCUUAAGUCGCCCAAAGACAAUGUGGACGACCCAACGGGCAACUUCCGCGGCGGGCCACUGACAGGGUGGCGGGUAUUCUUGCUGCUGCUGUGCGCGCUCCUGGGCAUCGUCGUGUGUGCUGUGGUGGGCGCCGUGGUGUUCCAGAAGCGGCAGGACCGCAACAAGCGUUUCUACUGAGCAGCCGGCGCUCGGCUUGAGGGGCUGGCCUUGGGCCCUGGCACCAAUGUGAACUUUUUACUGGGAUUGUAAAAGAAAAACGAGACAACCUUAUUUCUUAACAGUUUCAAAGAAAUAAUUAAAGUAUUUUCAUACAUUUUGCUUCUUGCCCAGCAGGGACAGGCUUCAGGGCUGGGGAAUUAAAGAUUUGGCGUCCCCACAGUCGGGACAGAGGCCCUGGCCAGUUGCCAGCAUCUCAGGAGCAGGGGCUCUGAGUCUGGAGCUGGGCCGAAGCCCCAGUAGAUGGCUGUUGAACACUGGAGGCCCCCGAGCCACAUGGGGGUAGGCGCCUGAGGAUGUGAGCAGUGAGUUUGUUCUGUGCUGCGUGCCAUGUGGGGCAGAAGAGGAGACUGAUGGGGAAUUUGGGCCUUGUGUCUACCUCUGAGUUUCCGCCUGAGGCAGGCCCUCUGAUGAGAUGGGAGGAGCAGUUUUGUGGGGCCUAGAGCGUGACCAUUUGCUAAAUAAAGUGACAUAACCACC